AGACACGCACUCCGACAGUAUAAAUUACUCUGUGAGUCUGUCUCUCUUUCUCUCUCUGCAUCACAAGCUAAAAAGCAGAACGCGCACAGACAUCAGAUCUAAGAUCCAAAUCUCAAUGCGGUGCGCUCGUUUCCUUUUCUGAGGUACAGUUUUGUGGACCUUUUGCUUUAUAGAAAAGUAGUCAUGUCCAGGAGGCAAGUAAGCUCCACACGACGUGGUGGAAGCAUUCCGUUUGUUGGAGCCUUAAAUUCAAAAUCAAAAUCUUCUCCCUUAUUAUCUGUGGGCCUCGUCCUUCUGGGAGCAUUCCUUCUCAUUGGCUAUGCUUCUCGUGGCUCAGGUUUAUUUGGACGAGAUAGAGAAUCAUUUAGUAAGGUUGAAGGUGACUUUACAUGCACGCAAGAAGUUCAGAGAGCAAUACCUAUGCUAAAGAAAGCAUACGGUGACAGCAUGCACAAAAUUUUGCAUGUAGGCCCUGAUACUUGUUCAGUGGUCUCUAAAUUGUUAAAAGAAGAUGAAACUGAGGCAUGGGGUGUGGAGCCAUAUGACAUAGAGGAUGCUGAUGGAAUUUGCAAGAAUCUAGUGCGAAUAGGCCUUGUGCGUGUGGCUGAUAUCAAGUUCCCGUUACCUUAUAGAGCAAAAUCUUUUUCCCUUGUUAUUGUAUCAGACGCUUUGGAUUACUUGUCUCCGAAAUACCUGAACAAGACCCUUCCAGAAUUCGCAAGGGUGUCUGCUGAUGGUCUAGUUAUUUUUACAGGUUACCCUGGUCAACAGAGAGCUAAAGUUGCUGAAUUAUCCAAAUUUGGACGGCCGGCAAAAAUGAGAAGCGCGUCUUGGUGGGCACGUUUCUUUGUACAAACCAGCUUAGAAGAAAAUGAAGCUGCCAUUAAGAAGUUUGAACAGGCUGCAUCCAAGAAUUCGUACAAGCCAGGCUGCCAAGUUUUCCAUCUCAACUCAUACCAUUGAUAUUUUAAGAUUUAUAGCAACAUUUUAUUCAUGGUAGUAGUUUUGGGGGGGCGAUUCUCUCAUGCAAAAACAAUGCAUGAAAAGCAUAAAGCAAAAAACUGUCCAGCUCUCAUAUAAAACGUACUCUGUGGGGGUGAUUAGCUUUGGUACCAUAGAUGUUAAAAUGAUAUUACCUGAUGUUUUGUUCUAAACUUAUACAAUCAAUCUCCAUUCAUUUUAUUAAAAGAAAUAUAGCCUGAAUUUUGCUUUU